GGCGGGCAAAUGGAAGCCGCCUGGAGCGAAGUCCCAAUUAGCACAGAGGAUCGGAUCAAGCGCCUGAACGUUGACGGGUUUUAAGCACAGAUGCGGAGUGUUCUGUACGCCUUCGGGAAACAUGUCCAGAUUCAGGUGUUGAAUCCAAUCCUCGUGGCUACCAACCUACCGGUAGUGCGACCGCGACCCCGGCCGCGCAUCUCGACAAAGACUCGAGAGAGACAGGGUGACUACGGCAAAGGUCCGCUAGAAGACUUGAUGCGCGGAGAGAGAGCGCGGCGGCGUAGGCGGGAAAAUGAACCGGAGGGGGGAGACAAAUAUUGCAAUCAAAUUUUCAAUGUAUGUUUUUUUAAUCUAAUAAUAAAAAUAAAUGUUAUGAUGAUUAAUGAUGUUAUGAUGAUAUGGUAUCAGAUAGCCAUGAUGGGUGACGUGUACUGAAAAAAUAAAAAACUAGAAAAAAAUGAUAGGGGAGAUCAUGCUGGUGUGGGAAAGGGGGUCCCGUAGCGGCGUGGGAGGUUGGGUGGUGGGGACGUAGGAGGGGGGGGCAUAGGAAGGAGGUUCGGUAGCAACGUUGUAGGUGCGGUGGCAGGGGGGUUGGGGGCUCGACGGGGGGGUGUAGAAGGGGUCGUUGGCUGUUCGGUUGGGGUGUGACGGGAUGGUGGGGGUGUAGCAGGGGUGGUGGCCGGGGAUUAGGAGGUUCGUGCUGCUCGGUUGGGCACGCGCGUGGUGGGUAGGUGAGAGAGGAGGUUCGGUCUUGGCGUAGGGAAGGGAGGAGAAGGGAGAGAGAGGGGGAGAACUCUCGGGUGCACAACGCACACACACACACACACACAGAGAGAGAGAGAGAGAGAGAGAGAGAGAGAGAGAGAGAGAGAGAGAGAGAGAGAGAGAGAGAAGGAAGGUAGAGAGGGGGGAGGAGAGGAAAGGGAGGAAAAGGGGUGAAGUUGCAGGUGUGUUAGAAGAAGGAUCUCGUUGAUGUGAAAUUGCUCGCAGGACGAGGGACAGGGAAGCGCCACGUCAGCAGUCGCGGUAAUGAGUCUGGACAAAUGAGGAGAUGAGACGGUAGGCUUGAGAUCCCGACAGUUGCAGGUGUGUAAGAAGAAGAUCUAGUUCAUGUGAAAUUGCGCAUGAGGAACAGGGAAGCGCCACGUCAGCAGUCGCGGCAAUGGGUCUGGAGAUAUGAGGAGAUGAGGAGCGGUAGGCUUGAGAUCCCGAUCCGUUACCGGUUAGAAGGAUCGACGAUGUAUUACUCGCAAGGCCACACCUCGCAUCAGCGGACACGUGUCAUCUUGUAGCUGAAUGACACGUGUCAUCUUGUAAAUGGCUGGCACGUCUCACCGGGUAAUCUGGCUGCCACGUGUCAUCUUGUGCGCCUUUUUCUGCUGUUGGAUCGGUUAAUUACUGUUUAUUACUUGCCGGUGCAGCGUUGGGGGGAGAGGAGAGAGAAGGAAAGGCUGUCUGUCCCUCACCUUCCUAAUUUAUCCUCCUCACCCUCGAACCUCCUCGCUGGCCAUUCUUUCCUAAUUAGGAAGGAGGAUGAGGAACGUCGGGAUGGGGAUGGCUUCAAGAGGACGACGGGAUGUACACGUGGGGAUUACGUGGGUAUCACCCCCGUUGUCGUCUUCGUUGUUGCCCUCCCGUUCCUCCUCUCUCUUCCCCUCCUCCUUUUCCUCCUCCUCUUCCUCCUCCUCCUCCUGCUCCUUCUGGGCGUCAAAACCGUCAUCUUCGUCGGUAUCCUCGUUAUCAUUGCCAAUUGUGGAAAGAGAUCAGUUCGUCGUCAGUGCAAAGUAAACUUUCCAUUCCUGGACAGCAUCAACGUCAUCAUCGCACCCCACGCUGACACAUGUCGUCCCUCCACUGGCAGACGAUUUUCCUUCCUUCCCCCUUCAAUCAUAACCAAAAUAAAAUCCAAGAGGAAUAAUUCGAUUUUUUUUUAACAAUAAAUUCGCCUAAUCAGUUCCGAAGACAUUCGACAGCUUCGACGAAUCACGGAUACAUUCAGUGUAUCACCGACGAUUCGCGCCAGGACCGAGCUAGCAAAAGAGAGAGAGAGAGAGAGAGAGAGCAACUUUGACGAAUCACGGAUACAUUCAUUGAAUUCACCAACGAUUCGCGCGAGGAGCGUUGUAUAAGCUUUCGAUCUGUGUGUGUGUGUGUGUGUGUGUGUGUGUGUGUGUGUGUGUGUGUGUGUGUGUGAGAGAGAGAGAGAGAGAGAGAGAGAGAGAGAGAGAGAGAGAGAGGCGGAUGGCGAACUCGGGGUGUCAGAAGGUGGGGGGAGGGGAGGGAGGAGAGGGAGGGGAGGGGGGAGGAGACGAAGGCAACGGGAUCCCGUCGGUGAGUGUCUCAUCUGCUAAUGGCAAUCUAUCAUCGUCGGGAUCUUGGACCUAUCAUCAUCAGUUGCCUACUUUCGCGAAGGAAUUGAUUGCGGGAGGCGUAUCCGGAGGAGUAGCGAAGACGAUCAUCGCCCCUCUUGAACGUGUUAAGAUUUUGUUCCAGACUCGACUUGGGAAUUUUCAGUCCGUCGGUGUAUGGCGGUCACUUGGGCACAUCUUCAGGACUGAGGGAGUGUUGGGUUUUUACAGGGGGAAUGGAGCCAAUGUAGUACGGGUUGUGCCCUAUGCGGCGCUUCACUAUAUGACAUACGAACAGUAUCGGAGAUGGAUCAUAGCGGCAUAUGGGUACUCCGACCCACGUGUUGAUUUGGUGGCCGGCUCCUUUGCGGGUGCCACUGCAGUGGUCUGCACCUACCCACUAGACCUCAUCAGGACGCGUUUGGCAUUGCAGUUUCCAGCUCACCCAGAAAGGAUGGGGCCCGGAGCAAUGCUGGCAUCUGAGCAUGGAAUCAGAACUGUAUUCACGACCGUUUUCCAAGAGAGUGGGGUUAAGGGGUUGUACCGCGGAAUAGGCCCAACCUUGUGGGGAAUUUUUCCAUACGCAGGGUUGAAGUUCUAUGUCUAUGAGGCGCUGAAGGGGUCCAUUCCAGGCGAGCCAUCUGUCCCUACGAAGUUGGCAUGCGGAGCCGCUGCCGGGCUUGUUGGGCAGACUGUUACAUAUCCGCUGGAUGUCGUCCGCAGGCAAAUGCAGGUGCAAAAAGUGAGUCAUGGGCAGCAUAAUUCAUCAGGGGUUGUAGCAGCCGAACUCUUAAUGGCCGGGGGACCGCGGACCACAGUGUAUGCAAACACAUGGGAGGGACUAAGGGCAAUCAUUCAAACACAGGGAUGGCGGCAAUUGUAUGCUGGCAUGAGCAUAAACUACAUGAAGAUGGUUCCUGCAGUCGCUGUGGGUUUCACGGUGUAUGAUGGGAUGAAGAGCUGGCUGCAGGUUCCCCCGAGGGAACGGCAUCGCAACGGCAAGAGCUCGUCAUCAGGACAGUGAUAGGAUCGGUCGAUUAUUUGUCUGUUCAACUCAGGUGCUUUGAUUCUUUAUGAACACCAACCUUGGAUCUCUCUUUCAGCUCCAAACUCUUGGCCUAUGAGCAUAUCUACGAGACCAGCAUGUUUUGCCUGUGCAGCUGGUGUUGCCUUCCUUGGCGAUCAUUGAGUUCGCGCAUGUUGCCUUCCUUGGCGAUCAUUGAGUUCACGCAUGUUGCCUUCCUUGGCGAUCAUUGAGUUCACGCAUGUUGCCUUCCUUGGCGAUCAUUGAGUUCAUGCACGGCCAACUACAAACGUGUUUCGAUUUCUGCCAACACGAUGGUAAGGAGACUUAGCUUACUCAAUUGUGUGCGACCGUAAAAGGGGUUGUUGCUUUGAGGGGGAUGGGGUUGUUGGGAGCUGCGGUCAUUCUUUCAAGUUGUAAUUAUAUCUUUGUGCUCAAGAACAGAGGAAGAUUAUGGUGUCUGUUGUUAGCAUGAGCAAAGCAGUAGAAAUACGGUGAUGUACUAGCAGUGUGUUGUAGGAAGGGGAAGAAACUUCAGACCUGGAGGUCUCGCAAGGCGUCUGCAAAACAUGUGAAUGAAUUGCAGAUGGUCUU